AUGCCACCAGGAUUUUUCUUCUUCUUCAGUUCAGAGUUCGUUCGCAGUCUCGCGCAGCCUGAGGCCCUGAGCCUCUUUCCGCUUGGUCCCUUCCGCUUCGCCCCUCCCAUCUACUUCUUCUUCCCCACAGCUUGCAUACAGACAAAGAGAGAGAAAGAGAAGAAGGAGAAGAAGAAGAGCCGCAGAAAGAGGGCAAAGGGGAAAAGGUUUUGUUAUGGGCUACUUGGUGAGAAGAAGAUGGAGAAUCUAGGGCAAGCAAGGACAGCCGUCAUCGAUGGAUCUAAAGUCGAACUGGGUGACCUCGAAAAUAACUUCAUGGAUUUUUGGUAGUUGAUGAAUCCAGUGUUGGGAAAUCGAAAGGGAACUGUGUUCGCCAAUUUCUCCAAGAAUUGCUUAAAUUUAGCUUUGUAUCUCGAUUUUUCGAUUGUGUUCUACCACGAAGAUCGUGAA